CUUAAACCUGCAGUUAAUCACUGAUACAUAUGCGCUUUUCUCCUUGUUUAAUGUAUUUGUUCCACAAGAGGACUACGAUAAAGUAGAGGGACUUCAAGUAUUAUUUAACAAAAUGCUAGAAAGUGCCAAAAAGGUGUCAGAUCGGAUUUCAAAAAUGGAGGAACCUUUGCUUAGAGAGUUAAACGAAGGAAUUGCUACUUUUGUACAAGAAUUUUAUGAGUUUAACAGGGACUUUGAAGCAAGUGGACCUAUGGUAGAAGGGAUCUCAGCAAAAGAGGCUAGUGACCGAGUUUUUCUAUUUCAAAAUCGAUUUGAUGAACUUUGGCGUAAAUACGAAAUGUACAGUAGUGGAGAAAAAUUAUUUGGUUUGCCGAUUACUGAAUAUCCGUUGCUUCAUCAACGGAAAAGAGAGUUUAAUUACCUUAAUCGCUUAUACUCAUUAUACAUUCAAGUGUUGAAAGCUAUUUCCGAUUACUAUGAAAUUUCAUGGGCAGAAGUAAAUAUAGAAAAAAUAAGUUCGGAGCUGGCUGAUUUUCAGUUGAGGUGCAGAAAGUUGCCGAAGGGAAUGCAAUCUUGGCCUGCCUUUAUUGAUUUAAAAACAAAAAUUGAUGAUUUUAAUGAAACAUGUCCGCUUCUUGAAUUAAUGACAAAUAAAGCCAUGAAAGAACGUCAUUGGGUCCGCCUAAACGCUCUUUUUAAAGCAGAAUUUGAUCCUACAGAUCCAAAAUUUACUCUUGGCAAAUUACUUGAAGCUCCAAUUUUAAAAUACAAGGAGGACGUUGAAGAUAUUUGCGUAGGAGCCAGUAAAGAAUUAGAUAUUGAGGCAAAACUAAAACAAAUUAUCUCUGAUUGGUCUGUAGUCAACUUGCAACUAGGUCAGUUCAAAAACAGAGGAGAACUAGUUUUAAAGGGAGCUGAAACAUUGGAAAUUAUUUCAUCCCUAGAAGACAGUUUAAUGAUAAUGAAUUCUUUGGCAUCUAACCGUUAUAAUGGGCCCUUUAAAAAGGAAAUUCAGUUAUGGUUGUCCAAACUUGUUAACACAGGGGAUAUACUUGAAAAAUGGCUAAUGGUACAAACCUUUGGAUAUACUUAGAAGCUGUAUUUGUUGGAGGAGAUAUUUCGAAGCAGUUACCUAUGGAAGCAAAACGUUUUACUAAUAUUGAUAAGAGUUAUGUUAAAAUAUUAAUGCGGGCUCGAGAAAUACCCAAUGCAGUGGAAUGUUGUACUGGAGACGAGUCCCUAUCUGCCAACUUAAAUUGGUUAUUAGAUCAGCUGGAAACAUGCCAAAAAAGCUUAACGGGAUAUCUGGAAUCCAAACGAUUACUGUUUCCACGAUUCUUUUUUGUGUCUGACCCUGUUCUAUUAGAGAUUUUAGGCCAAGCUUCUGAUCCCACUUCAAUACAGCCACACCUUCUAAGUAUAUUUGAUGCCAUUGCUACAGUUGACUUUCAAGAAAAGACAAAUGAUGUUAUUGAGAACAUGAAUUCGAUGAAUCAUGAGAAAGUAAAAUUCGAGAACACUAUACAAUGCGUUGGUAGUGUUGAGUUAUGGUUAGGACGAUUGUUAAAGGAAAUGCAAGAUACGAUGCGAACAGUACUUGCAGGUAUGGCAAUAAGUUUAAAUGACCCGGAAUUUAAUUUUUCUGAGGAAUUUCCAACAUUUUGUGGACAAGCUGGAGUAGUGGGAGUCCAGCUUUUGUGGACCAAGGAUUCAGAAUAUGCAUUACGAAAGUGUCGCACCGACAAAACAAUUAUGAAACGCACAAACAACAAGUUUUUAGUUUUGUUGAACUUCUUUAUAGAUUUAACUGUAAAAGAUUUAACAUCACUUGAUCGUAUUCGGUUCGAAACAAUGGUUACUAUACAUGUGCACCAACGUGACAUUUUUGACGAUUUGUGCAUUCAACGAGUAAAAUCUGCUGCCGACUUUGAGUGGCAAAAACAGGCGCGAUUUUAUUAUAAUGAAGACAAUGAUGACAUUAUUGUUGGUAUUACGGACGUUAAUUUUGUGUACCAAAAUGAGUAUCUCGGUGUUACUGAACGCCUGGCUAUAACACCGUUAACAGAUCGCUGCUACAUUACUCUUGCACAGGCUGUUGGAAUGUGUAUGGGUGGAGCACCUGCUGGUCCAGCAGGAACUGGAAAAACGGAAACCACAAAAGAUAUGGGACGUGCUCUUGGAAAACUUGUCGUUGUUUUCAAUUGUUCCGAUCAGAUGGAUUUUCGUGGACUUGGCAGAAUUUAUAAGGGACUAGCUCAGUCUGGAUCGUGGGGUUGUUUUGACGAGUUUAAUAGAAUAGAACUACCUGUGCUCUCUGUGGCAGCUCAACAAAUAUAUAUUGUUUUGACAGCUCGAAAGGAAAAACGAUCAUUAUUCAUAUUCUUAGAUGGGGAUGUUGUUUCUCUUAAUCCAGAAUUCGGUAUAUUUAUUACAAUGAAUCCAGGAUAUGCUGGUCGACAGGAGCUUCCCGAGAAUUUAAAAAUAAUGUUCCGAACAGUGGCGAUGAUGGUACCCGAUCGUCAAAUAAUUAUACGUGUUAAAAUGGCGAGUUGUGGGUUCAAGGAUAAUAUUAUAUUGUCCCGGAAAAUGUUUACCCUAUAUAAACUAUGCGAAGAACAGUUGUCAAAACAGGUUCAUUAUGAUUUCGGACUUCGAAAUAUUCUGUCAGUGCUUCGUACACUUGGGUCACAAAAACGAUCGAAUCCACUUGACACAGAGGAAACAAUCGUCAUGCGUGUGUUACGGGAUAUGAAUGUUUCCAAAUUAAUUGAUGAAGAUGAAGGUCUUUUUGUGUCCCUUGUGGAAGAUAUGUUUCCUGGAAUAAAACUGACAACUAAUGUAUAUAAAGAUCUACAAAGAGCAAUUGUCAAAGCUUGCGAUGAAUUAGGAUAUGUUAAUAGUCCCGAAUGGAAUUUAAAAGUUGUGCAAUUAUAUGAGACAUCUCUUGUUAGACAUGGUCUGAUGUUAAUGGGACCAACUGGAUCAGGUAAAUCAAGUUGCACUCAAUGUAUGCUAAGGUGUUUCACCGAAAUUAGCCAUCUUCACCAAGAAAUGAGAAUGAAUCCAAAAGCUAUUACCGCGCCUCAAAUGUUUGGACGCUUGGAUGUUGCAACCAAUGACUGGACUGAUGGUAUAUUCUCAACGCUUUGGCGUCGUUCCCUAAAAAUUCCCCAUAAUCAGCAUUGUUGGAUUGUUUUAGAUGGACCAGUCGACGCCGUAUGGAUAGAAAAUUUGAAUUCAGUUUUGGACGACAACAAGACUCUAACGUUAGCUAAUGGAGAUCGUAUUAAAAUGGCAGACAAUUCUAAAUUAGUUUUUGAACCAGAUAACGUUGACAAUGCAUCUCCAGCGACCGUUAGUCGCGUGGGAAUGGUUUUUACUAGUUCUUCCGUAAUAAGUUGGAAAGUUUAUAUGGAGGCUUGGUUAAUAAGGCAUCCCGAUGAACGUGACAGUUUUAAACGCUUUUAUGAUGCUAUAUAUGAUGAUGCCCAUACUUUUCUUCAAUCUAGACUUCUGCCAAAAAUGCAUAUAUUAGAAGCAAUAUAUAUUCGGCAAAUGCUUGAUAUUAUGGAUGGGCUACUAAUGGACAUAUCUCAACAUAACGAAAAGUCAUUGGAACGGUUAUUUCUCUUUUCUUUAAUGUGGUCCUUGGGAGCAGUCCUAGAGCUUUCUGAACGUGAAAAACUUGAAGAAUAUUUUUUAAAGCACCCCUCAAAAUUACGUGAGUUAUAUCAAACAGAAUUAUUCUUAUACCGUUCCAAAAAGGGUAUAUUAAUUUUGCACGACGAGUUUAAAUCGUCUGGAUCGACGCAAACUUCUCCUAGACCGUAA